AUGGUCCGCGCCGUCGUGAAAGGCAGCUCCAGCCCAAGCGGACGGUAUUCGUGCAUUACGGCUCUGGGUCCACGCAUAUCGAGCUCGCCGGACGGGCGCGCGACAAAUCGCCAGAACAUCACGUCCCGCAAGCUCCAGCAAACUAGGUCCGAAAUGUUUGGCACUGUCCCACCCAAUCUGCGCUCCGUGCCCCCGAGCUAUGCUCGUUUCACACAUCCUCGCACCAUCGCCUUCAUUCUGUCGAAUGAAACCUUUUUGUUACCCGGUGCUCCCGCAUCGGCCGACUAA